CGUGCUCUCCCGCCAGCUCGGCGAGCCCCUGGCACUCCCGCACUCCCGCACGCGCGCACUCUCAGGCGGGGAGUUUUCAGCUCGAGGCGUCGGAGAUGCUGAAGCCCGGAGAGCCCGGCGGCUCGGCCUUCCUCAAAGUGGACCCAGCCUACCUGCAGCACUGGCAGCAGCUCUUCCCGCACGGCGGCGGCGGCCCGCUCAAGGGCAGCGGUGCCGGGGUCCCCCUGGGCGCGCCCCAGCCCCUGCAGCCGCCUCCGCCGCCACCGGAGCGCGCCGAGCCUCCUCCGGACGGCCUGCGCCCGCGGCCCGCCUCGCUGUCGUCCGCCGCGUCCACCCCGGCCUCCUCCUCCUCCGCCGCCUCCGCCUCGUCCUGCGCCGCCGCCGCGCUGGCGGGGCUUUCGGCCGUGCCCGUGGCGCAGCUGCCGGUGUUCGCGCCCCUGGCCGCCGUGGCCGCCGAGCCCCUGCCGCUGCCGCCCAAGGACCUGUGCCUGGGCGCCGCCUCGGGCCCGGGCCUUGCCAAGUGCGGCGGCGGCGCGGAUGGCCGGGGCGCCCCGCGCUUCCGCUGCAGCGCCGAGGAGCUGGACUAUUACCUGUACGGCCAGCAGCGCAUGGAGAUCAUCCCGCUCAACCAGCACACCAGCGACCCCAACAACCGUUGCGACAUGUGCGCGGACAACCGCAACGGCGAGUGUCCCAUGCACGGGCCGCUGCACUCGCUGCGCCGGCUCGUGGGCACCAGCAGCGCCGCGGCCGCCGCGCCCCCGCCCGAGCUGCCCGAGUGGCUGCGGGACCUGCCGCGCGAGGUGUGCCUGUGUACCAGCACGGUGCCCGGCCUGGCCUAUGGCAUCUGCGCGGCACAGAGGAUCCAGCAGGGCACGUGGAUUGGGCCCUUUCAGGGCGUGCUCCUGGCCCCGGAGAAGGUGCAGGCGGGCGCUGUGAGGAACACUCAGCACCUCUGGGAGAUAUAUGAUCAAGAUGGGACGCUGCAGCACUUUAUUGAUGGUGGGGAACCUAGUAAGUCGAGCUGGAUGAGGUAUAUCCGAUGUGCAAGGCACUGCGGAGAACAGAAUCUGACAGUAGUUCAGUACAGGUCGAAUAUAUUCUACCGAGCCUGUAUAGAUAUUCCCAGGGGCACCGAGCUUCUGGUGUGGUACAAUGACAGCUAUACGUCUUUCUUUGGGAUCCCCUUACAAUGCAUUGCCCAGGAUGAAAACUUAAACGUCCCCGCCACAGUGAUGGAAGCCAUGUGCCGACAGGACGCUCUGCAGCCCUUCAACAAGAGCAGCAAGCUGUCCCCCGCCGCCCAGCAGCGCUCCGUCGUUUUCCCACAGACUCCUUGCAGCAGGAGUUUCUCCCUCCUGGAUAAGUCUGGGCCCAUUGAGUCAGGAUUUAACCAGAUCAACGUGAAAAACCAGCGGGUCUUGGCAAGCCCGACCUCCACCAGCCAGCUGCACUCGGAGUUCAGCGACUGGCACCUCUGGAAGUGUGGGCAGUGCUUUAAGACCUUCACCCAGCGCAUCCUGCUGCAGAUGCACGUGUGCACGCAGAACCCAGACAGACCCUACCAGUGCGGCCACUGCUCGCAGUCCUUCUCCCAGCCAUCAGAACUGAGGAACCACGUGGUCACUCACUCUAGUGACAGGCCAUUCAAGUGCGGCUACUGUGGCCGUGCCUUUGCUGGGGCCACCACCCUCAACAACCACAUCCGGACCCACACUGGAGAAAAGCCCUUCAAGUGCGAGAGGUGUGAGAGAAGCUUCACGCAGGCCACCCAGCUGAGCCGACACCAGCGGAUGCCCAAUGAGUGCAAGCCAAUAACCGAGAGCCCCGAAUCAAUCGAAGUGGAUUAACUGAUUGACUGGUUGGAAUUAAACUGCAAGGAAAGUCAUGAUUAAAUGUCACGGACACUUAAGCAAAACCAAAGAUUUCCUCUGAGCAACUUUCAAUCAGUCCCAGAAAACCAAAAGCAGUAAUAAAAUAAGUAAGAUGUUAAGAGAUAUUGAUCCUGGCGUGGAAGUCAGACCAGGAGAGAGGUUAUUUAUUUAUGACUAGGGACGAGACUGAUUUCCGUGGACAACUCACCUGGGGUGGCUAACAUUUCCAGUCCCAACCUUGUCUUUUUGCUUUGUUUCUAAAAAGGUUUUUUUUUUAACUGUUAUUUAAUACCAAAGGAAGGAAUCAAAUGGAUUCUUCUGCCCACAGUUGUGACUAAGAAUGCACAGGGACGUGGUUCACGGUGCACCUUUUUUGUUUGUUUGUGUGUUUGGUAGCAUGUUUCAAGGGGACCCAUCGUGCAGCCUUCUUCGGGCCCUGGCCAGCGCUGGGUGCCCGCGGGAGCCUGGGGCAGCAGCAGCAGCAGAAGCAGGAGCGCG